GCUAGGUAGUAGUAGUAGUAGCUUCUUGUCUUUCUGUACAUAGCCAUCGGAGUGAUUGUUUUUUCUUUCUAUAUCUUCUUCUGACUCUAUAUAAACUGCCCAUCUCUUCGGUGCGAAAGUUGCACCAUCCCAUCACAUUUUUUCCAACUCUCUUUUGCUUUUACGAGACUAUACAAAGUCACAAACUACUUAACUUCAAAACCUCAAUUAGCUUUCUUGAUUUGUCUUCCCAAAUCAUGGAGAAACAAAAUCCCAAGGCAAAUAAUAAUGAACUUCAGAAAUCGGACAGUGAUGUUUCCAUGGUUGACCUCCAUCCUCAUGAUCAGGUUCAGGACAAACACCACCUCCAACAGGAUAUGGAGCCGCCCAGGGAGAAGCACACUCUCUUGGAAGAGCUCCAGCGCACUCAAUCCACCAACUCCAAUUCCAGCUCGGGUUCGGAUGAGGAAGUGGAGGAAGGAGGAGAUCAGGGGAAAAAGAGGAAGAAGAAAGGCUUAAAAGACAAGAUUAGGGAGAAAAUGUCGCGCGAAGAUCAUCACCACCACGACACAACAAACAUCGCCCCACAAAAUGGAGAUCAAGAGAAAGGGUUUCUCGAUAAACUUAUUGACAAACUUCCUGGCGGCCACCACCACGAGAAACCUGCUGCAGAAGCAGAAGGAGGGCUAACUGCCGAAACGACGUUACUGAAUCAUCAUCCUCACCACGAGGAUUCAUCUCCUCCUGGAGGAGAGACGAAAGAAAAGAAGGGCAUCUUGGAAAAAAUAAAGGAGAAGCUGCCUGGAGGAGGACAUCACAAGAAUGAAGAUCAUCAUCCAGUAGUUACAAAGGAGAAGGAGAACUAAUAAUAUUAAUCCAUCUUUUUUAAGGCCUGCCUGAUGAUGAUCAGUUUUAGGCUAUUA